AGUGCCCCGCGUGUUUCAGACAGUCGCAACUCAUACCACAUCGUAUACCUUUCACUUCGCACGGCUUCCGAUACCGGUAUUCGCGAGAACGCGGAUAUCUUCGCUAAACCAGUGUUACUAUAUGCCAGCACGCUGUGGACGCCAACGUUACUCGUUCAUCACCUUUUAUCUCAGUCGUCGCGACUGACAAGACAAAUCGAUAUGCGUCAAGCGAGAGAUAUUAUUCGCGAAGAAUGCGAAAUACUACAUAUGACAGACAAGCAGCUCAGAGAAAUUAUGACUAGACUACAUAACGAUCUAGUAAAAGGACUUAGUAAAGAUACUCAUCCUACGGCGACUGUAAAAUGUUGGUUAACUUACAUACAAGACUUGCCAAAUGGAAAAGAACGUGGAAAAUUCCUCGCAUUAGAUCUAGGGGGCACAAACUUCAGAGUUCUUAUAAUAAACUUGGGAGAAAAUCAUUUCGAUAUGCAGUCGAAAAUUUAUGCCAUACCUAAUCACAUCAUGACCGGAACAGGCAUCGCUUUAUUUGAUCAUAUAGCAGAGUGCUUAGCUAAUUUCAUGAAGGAACAUAAUGUAUAUGAAGAAAGGUUGGCUCUUGGAUUCACUUUUAGUUUUCCUCUAAAACAAAUGGGUCUCACGAAAGGAAUCCUGCAACGUUGGACCAAAGGCUUCUCAUGCAGCGGCGCUAUUGGAGAAGACGUUGUUCAAGGAUUAAAAGAUGCUAUUGCAAGGAGAGGAGAUGUACAGAUUGACAUUUGCGCUAUUCUCAAUGACACGACGGGAACUCUAAUGUCCUGCGCGUGGAAAAACCACAACUGCAAAAUAGGACUCAUCGUUGGUACUGGAAGCAACGCCUGCUACGUGGAGAAGACAGGCCAGUGCGAAUUGUUUGAAGGCGACAUGUCCAAGUCGGAUAUGCUGAUCAACACGGAAUGGGGCGCUUUUGGAGACGACGGUGCUCUAGACUUCGUAAGAACCGAGUUCGAUAGGGAGGUCGACUCCAACUCCAUCAACCCUGGAAAACAGAUCCAAGAAAAAAUGAUAUCAGGAAUGUACAUGGGGGAGUUGGUACGACUGGCGCUGGUCAAAUUCACCAGGAUGGGUUUGCUCUUCGGGGGACGAGGGUCCGACCUUCUGUUCCAGAGGAACAGCUUCUACACCAAAUAUGUAUCUGAGAUCGAGUCCGACAAACCCGGAGACUUUACCAGCUGUAUGGAUGUACUGGAGGAACUCGGGUUAUCACACGCGACGGAGGCGGACAUGGCCGCGGUGCGACACGUGUGCGAGUGCGUGUCGCGUCGCGCCGCUCACUUGGUGUCGGCCGGAAUCGCCACCCUGCUCAACAAGAUGAACGAACCUAGAGUCACCGUAGGCAUUGAUGGCUCUGUCUACCGCUUCCACCCACAUUUCCACACGCUCAUGUGCGAAAAGAUAGCGCAGUUGGUCCAACCUGGUAUUUCAUUUGAUCUGAUGCUGUCAGAAGACGGCAGCGGGCGUGGCGCCGCGCUGGUAGCGGCGGUGGCUUGUCGCGAGAGCCUAGGAUGCGCGUAGGCUCUCCAACAACAUUUCAUCGAGACGACCCAUUUCUGUGAACCAAAAAUGUCACACGAGACACGAAACGCACCUUCACUACGCCAAUUGCACCAGAAAUGAGUAAUCUAUAAUAAAAUAGGCACACCUACUUUAAAUUUGAACAGCUGCAAGCAAUGGCGUAGUGAAAUGCAUUAGUGUUAUUAUUUUGGUGAUAUAUGUAUGUAUAUAUGUUCACGAGUUACGUUACAUAUGCCGUAAAAGCCGAAUUUCUUCUAAGCUUUUAAUUUUAUUAUCGUGACACUAGAAAGUAUUACAUCAGCCAAUUACGGAUUAUUCCUUCUUUUGUGAAAUGUUACUUAUUACGUACUAUUUUAUAUUUAUACUAUUUUGGUGAGAAUAAGUAACCGUGAAUAAUGGCCCAAAAUUUGAUAUUUCCGGGUUCCACGAUGAUUGAUUGGUUAGUUGCUUUAAUAGUUUGCUUUUAGGUUGAUAAUAUUAGUUCGUUUGUAUUGAUACUCUGAAAUGGUGUCACGAUUCGUGCAAGUAAUCGCGUAACUAAUUGGGCGUAGAACUAGUUGUAGUCAUACAACAACGGUAUGGCUUGUACAUUUUUAUUUGAAAACAAAGUACAGGUACCUUCUCUUCUCAGGGAAAUCCAAAGGUUACUUUUAUACAUAGUAAUGCUAAUGGAGAUAGGCACUGAGUUACAGUAACUUGGUCGACGUCUUUUAUAUCAAAUUAGGGUUCAGGUGUACUUACAUAUGAAAACCUGUCUAGUCACAAAAAGGUUAUAGGAGUUUGCUACUUAAUUAUUGAUAUAUACUUCUGUCUAUAGACGUUUUCAUAUAUUUUGUCCCGUUACAUACUUAAUCUGGUAUACAAACAAGACUGAUUUUUGAUCAUUUUUAAAAAUAAUCAUUCACAAAUAAAAGUAAAACAAUGAAAACACUAUAGAUUUCAAAUUUUUAUGUCGGUAAAAAUGCAAAUACGCAUCUUUCGCGAUUCGAGUGCCUAUCUUAGCCAACAAAAGUAGGUAUUUGGCUAAAUCCUUCAAUAGCUUUCAGUGACUACAUUGUUGCGAUAUUUAGCAAUAAGUUGUUUUAAUUUUAAUUAAUAAUAGAAAGAUCUUGUUAUUUUUAAACAAUAAAAUAUACGUAUGUACUUAGAAGAGAUACCUACAGUAAUUAAUACACGUGGACAAACAUUUGCUAUUUGCAAUAAAAAUAAAAGCACGAUUGUUUUUCUGUAUACACUAAAUGUACAAAAUGUGAAAACGAAAACGACGAUUGUUUUUGGAAAACUUAUUAUUUAUCUACCUAGAUUAAAAUAUAGCAAAGAGGUAAAAUGUAAUUAAUUUUUAUACACAGCUAUUUGUAUUAAUAAUAAUAAGUUACAUUAUUAUGCACAGAAAACGGCACAUAAAUACGCCACUAUAUUUUGACUGUAGCAUUAUACGCGUGAUUUUUAUUCAAGUUCUACCACAAUAACACGAAUCACCUGUGGUGUGUAAAAAUUAGUUCAAGUAAAUAAAAUCCUAUGUCCAUUGGGUAGUUCUGCAGCACCGGUGCUGAUAUUCAAAACAACAGAAAAUGAUGCCAAAUAUCUCGAGUGAAACCUUGCAGCAAAAUCACUCUGAAAUAUCUUACGCUAAUAAAAAAUAACAACCAUGUAGGAACCUGUUCGUGUUAGGUGGUUCCUCUUUAAAAUCACAUUAGGUAUGCAUGUAGUGUAUCAUUUUGAUCAUUCCAUUUAUGGAUCACAAAGUUUUAGUAUAAUUUGUAGCUUUUACGGAAACAGUUUGAUAUCACCAUUCUCGAAAGUUCGCGAAGUGGAAAUAUAGAAUCGUUUAAAAUAAAUUAUUGGAAUCUAAGAUUGUUGUUAUCUAAGUGUUUUGAUAUUUUACUGUGAUAGAACUAGGACUAUAUUUAUGAUGGAAAAAAACUUUUUCUCUUAUAAUGAUAUUUUUUUCCUACGACAUUAUCAUUUAUCGGUUAAAAAUAUUAACGGAAAUAGGAAAGUACACGCAAGUUUUAUUUGGUUCUUGCUACGUGUAUUUAUUUUACACACAAAUUCAUCCUAAAUGUUCUUUUACUUCAUGUCGGACAAAUAUUAGUCAUUUGAAAUUACUGUAAGUUACAUCCCACACAAGAAUAUGUAUAGUUCCUAGAUUUUAUUAAUAGGUGCAUUUUGUUUAAUUAAUCUGUUUGUCAAUAUUUCUUUGUUGCAUGCUAUUUUAUGUAUGUAUGUAACAGUUAAAAUUAAGCAUAGUUUUAGAUAUUAUUUACAUUAUAUUUAUAAUUCAUAGAUAUUAUUGUUUUAUAUUAUUUCUUAUGAAUCUGAAUAUAUAUUAUUUGAUGAAUGUUAAAACCCUAUUAUUAUUCAAAGUUCAAAAUGAUUAAGACCAUCUUUGAAAGAUUAAUGAGAUAAGAGAAAUAACAAUAUUUAGUCCGAAAAAUAUAUAUUUUAUUAUUGACAUACAAACUUUUAUUUGCUCAAAUUGAGGUGGAAAUGGAGUACCUACCAUACAUACGAAAUAUUUGACAUUGAAAAAUAUUGUUGUAAUUGUUAUGAAUUCAAAAGUAUAGAGCUGUCAGUCAGUCAGUGUACUGAUUAUGGAUUAUUAGUCUGCUCAGAGCGCAAGAGGGUCGGCACUGAUAAUAUGAAAAUAUACAAAUAAAUGUAUGUCUGAAAUAAUUCACGGGUAAAUUACUAAGUAGUAAGUUCAACAAAACUUACAGUACAUAUCAGAAUAUUAUACUCCUAUGAUUUUGAAAACAGUAAGUCCAAGUAGUUGAAACGUCGAUCCACAGAUAUAGCCUAAAGCUGCAGAUAUUAUCACUCAUAGUGAAAUUGAAUGUUAUUUUUAAGUUUUAUAUAUAAUUCAACUGGAAAGAUUUUUAUUGAGUAACUUUAGGAAGUUUAUUGCAAAAACUAAUGUAGCUCUACCCUUGUAAAGCUAUUAGCAAUGUUACUUAAUCAUGAAUAAAUUUAUAUUGAGAA